UCCCGAAGAAAGUCAAUUCAAUUCAACGUUGGCGGUACGGAGCCGCUGCCGCAUCGUCGAUCCGUCAGCGCUGCAGGUCACCGACCGCGCCCGCAGCUCGACGUCACCUCUAUCGAACGGGAGAUCAAGCCUACACCCAGUCGUGGACCAUCCCCUCCACCCCCGCAAACCUACGAGAGAGGUGUUUCGUUCGACACAUUCGAUAACCCGGAUGCGGCCGACUUCUCCCUGACUCUCAACUACAAACACAAAGGCUAUCAGUCGACCCGGCGCAGUCGAACCUUCUUGUGCGGCACUGACCAGAAUGAUUACUCCGAUUUCGCACUGGAAUGGCUUAUCGAUGAGCUUGUCGAUGACGGUGAUGAGAUUGUCUGUCUUCGCGCAGUGGAGAAGGAUUCCAGUAUCGCCAGCGACGCCGCGGUCGAAGCGGGGAAAUACCGGAAGGAAGCGGAGAAGCUUUUUGAACAGGUGAUCCAGAAGAACAGCCAGAAUGAGAAAGCCAUCAGCUUAGUGUUGGAGCUUGCGGUGGGCAAAGUCCAGGAGAUCAUCCAACGCAUGAUUCGGAUCUAUGAGCCGGCUGUUCUCAUCGUCGGCACCCGAGGUCGUAACCUAGGAGGUGUGCAGGGACUGCUGCCUGGAUCAGUAUCCAAGUACUGUCUGCAGCAGUCACCCAUUCCUGUAAUCGUGGUUCGGCCAUCGACGAAGCGCGAGAAAAAGAAGAAGAAGCGUCUCGCCGAUCCCACCCGACGCGGAUACAACAACAUCCUCGAGAUGAGUGAGCGCCGCGGGAGCCAUAUCUUCGACCGCAGUACCAGUCGUGACAGCAGUGUGUCGAAGCUGCCCGACGAGGAGGCGGCGGUGGCAGCCGCUUUAGGGUUACCUCGGUCGUACACGAACUCGCGCACCUCGCUGUCGACGUCUGAGAGAAGCAGUGUCAGUCACGAUGAAUCAGCCUCGUUGAAUGGCUUGGUGGAAGCUGCCACACCAAGUCCUAGUUCGGGAAGUCUGGAGAAUUCCGUGGACGGAAGUGGGUCGGACGACGAACCGACAGUGAUGCACAUGGAGGACGAGGCGAGCGGAACACACUCUCCG